ACUGAGAAAAUUGUCAAGAAAAUCAGUCAUUGAGUAAUCAAUYAUCCAACGGCCUCCUCGAUUUCAUGUUUUUACUAGACAAAAUAAUAAUAUCGCCGUCCGCAUUUUCUUUUGACAAGAUUCCCCUUCGUACGCUGGAGUUAAACGAUUCCCUCAUCUUCAGAUACUUGUGUUUGUUUCUGUCAUCAGAAACUACUCUAUGUUGUCUCUGAAUCUGUAUACUGCGGCAUCCGCUAUCAUUGAACGUCAUCACCGCAACUGAGCACUUCUUCACCGAUUGUUUCGUUUGGAGAAGUCAUGAAUGCGGAAGGCGGCAUGGGUGGCUCGAGCUUGUUCUUGGAACCGAUCCCGGAAGAUGUUUCGGUUGCUGCCAACCAGCAUGCGGUCAAUUCUUCUAUUGUGUCGGCCGUGGUUUCUUCUAGUUCCGAAGUGGUAGAUCAAUUGCAYGGAAACAAUGUUGGAGGUUCAAAGACAACCGACAAAGUGAAGACAUGGGGAGGAGGCAAGCACAGGCGGCGACGGGGAGGAGGGGAAGAAUCCGAAGCGUCAAAUUCUUUGGGAGUUGACGGUCCUGUCGGAGCAAGAGUGGAAGCAGCUGAUAAUGUUUCGGAGGCGAAUGCAUCUCUGGGCGGAGCACACCAAGACGAAGGAGACGCAGUGGAAAUUAGACUCGACACCUAUUCACAGCCGGUACAGACAGUGCUUGAUCAUACUUCGAAGUCUUUGUUCACGUCCCUUAAUUGCAAAAAGUACUCAAGUAUUCUGUUGGGAAUCAUUGCCGCAUUGGCCAUUGCGAUUGGAGUUGGGAUGUACAUCAUUCUGGUAAAAUUACCGGAAGAUGAAGCAAAAGGGAUUGCUGGCCCAACAUCUUCACCGACAACUAAUCUUGCUUUCCCUCCCAUAGGAGACCAGAGGUCGUUCGCCCCGAUUCCUACAAAUGAAUUSGACAAAGCAUUACUCGGAGUACACGGUACUAAUGAGGACAAUCUCUUUGACUUAAGCACUCCGGAAGGGAAAAGCCGCGACUGGAUGAUACAUUCUGACGAUGCUAUCGAUUUCGACAAUGAUGUGGAGCAACGAGCGCAGCAGCGAUACAUUCUUUGUGUUUUAUACUACACUACCAAUGGUACUUUUUGGACGAACAGUACCGAUUGGAUGGAUAGUGAUCUAUCUGAAUGCGAGUGGCAUGGCGUUGUCUGUGAUGGCAACAGCUUUAUAAGGGAAAUUGACCUUUCUGAUAAUAAUAUCACUGGGCCAAUUCCGUACGAAUUAGGGUCUCUUUCGAGCUUGAAAUUUCUGAACAUGUCGUUCAAUUUGCUAUCGARUACCAUCCCUGAAGAGUUCUUUGACCUUUUGGAAGGAAUGGAGAAGCUAGAUCUACAAAAAAAUAGAAUUACAGGCUCUAUUCCGAAGAGAACGGAUUCGAAGUCAGCUCUGACGUACCUCAACAUGGAUGACAACCAAGCUAGAGGAUACUUUCCUUUCUUUUCAAAUUUAAGAACAAUCAAGAUCGACUCCAAUCGCAUUGAAUCAAUAGAUAUUCAAUAUUGGACCUCCUCUCCGUCCUUGAAGGAGUUUCACGCCUACAACAACAAGCUCUCGGGGCCUUUGCCGACAGAGUGGGACAGCCCUGAUCUAGUCCAUUUAGACCUCGGAAGUAAUCUCUUUACGGGGACCAUACCACAGGUGCUAUGGGAUCUGUCACUGGAAAAACUCUUUCUUGAUGGAUGCAACUUUACGGGAACAUUGCCUGGUGAAUCUAGAAAUACAAAGAUGCAGCAACUCUGGCUACAUUCAAAUUUAUUGUCUGGGUCCAUUCCUUCCAAUUUCGGAUCGAACUGGAAAAGCUUAUUUUCUCUGCAGCUUCAAAACAACUUAUUAACUGGAGAUAUUGAUUCAGAGAUGUGUAAUAACUGGGAAAAAUGGUCAACCCCUGCUUUGAAUGCAGUUGCAGUCCAGGAUGAAUCUUCCCUGACUCCUCAAAGUAGCAAAAACAACCAUGUUUCUUCAACGAACAAAGAGUGGACUUGCAAAACUGACUGUGAAAUAGAUUGUGCAUGCUGCACAAACUCAGAUUGCGAACCAUCCAGCUCCAAUACCGGCAAUAACAACAGUGGACGGCGGAGAAGAUGAUGUGUUAUUUUUUAGUACAAAGUUUUUGGAAUGUGCUGUGAUAGAUGUUUGAAACACGCGACAAAGUCAUUUUCUAGAACGUUAAAAUUAAAGCUAAAUGUAUAACAACUGCCGUGUCGUUAGCAAUGUCGACUGCUAGAUCAAGACGACUUUGUUCGUUCUUCAAAUUUCUCAAUGACUUUUGCCCGUCCUGGAUCCUUUCACCUCCUACAAACAGGUGCUCGGGUCCAACAACUUCGAGUAGAAGUAAUGAUUAUUUUUCGUUAAAACACACAGCACAUCACAUUAUCAAUUAUUUUGUUCACAUUAUCAUUCGCAAAAGUGCGAGCACCAUUACUGCGGUUCCCAUCACGUGGUUGUUUGGAUCGCCAAUGGUUCUAGCCGAAGAGGUGUCUUCGUCCUCAUCCUGGGCCAUCUCAGUGGGGGCAAACGUCUCCUUCUCUCCAGUUAGGUUACCUGGAUCGAACUUCCCGUUGCAAACUCCAUAGCAAUCAAAUGACAGGCACGGGCCGACAAUCGGGGUUGUGCACGAAUACGCAAAACCAAGGAGAGUUCCGUCGGGACAACCGAAACAUUGGCAGUCCAUUUGCUCCUCGAUGACUUCGCAUUCCCCGUCCAGCAGCGAAGCCUCGCAGUCGCAGAGCCCCUUCUGGGACGCCUCUCUCCAGUCGGAUUGAGCAACAGAAUCAAGGGGACACGCAAGCUUGGCGUCGAUGGAAUUCUUUGUGCCGGCAUAGGUUAGCGACGAUCCAGCCGGGCAUUUGUUGAAAAAACCAUGGAUUGUGCA